ACAUUGAAAUACCCCCUAGCAGACGAAAAACAUAGCCUUCAAAUCUUGUGUAUAAGUAAACUGUCAACAUCGUCUAUUAAUUCAAUUUUGAAAAUAUAUCCAGUAAAAUGGCAAAUGAUCGGGAGGUGUUGCGUGAAAUUUGGGAAGGAAAAAUUCCAGUUUGUUUUCAGCUGGAUUCUGAGGAAGUUUGCGAACUGCAAGCACCCGAUCCGUUUUAUUUAAUGGUGUCUAGGUUAAGUUACUUUCCACUGUGUACUGAUAAGGUACGCAAGCAUUUUAUGCGUCAUAUACAACUCGACAAACAGGAAAAUGAGAUGUGGUUGGAAUUCAAUGGUAUUCCAUUAAAGUGGCAUCUACCAAUAGGAGUUCUCUUCGACAUUUACUCCAAUGAUAUACAACUUCCAUGGAACAUUGUAGUGCAUUUUGACAAAUUUCCUGAGAAUGUCAUAAUGCAUUGUCACAAUAAGGAAGUUGUAGAAGCUCACUUUUUGGCUUGUAUCAAAGAGGCUGACGUAUUAAAACAUCGAGGCCAACUGGUAUCUAGUAUGCAAAAGAAGGAUCACAAUCAACUGUGGCUUGGUCUUUUAAACGAUAAAUUUGAUCAAUUCUGGGCUGUAAACCGCAGACUCAUGGAAGCUAGUAAUAAUGAUGAAGGUUUUAAAUAUAUUCCUUUCCGUUGCUACACUAAUGAGGACAAGUACAUCCAGAAGCUGGUAAAGCCUGUUAGUGAGGAGGGUCAAAGAAAGACUCUGAAGCACCUUCUGAAUGAAGUAUUUCCAGAUAAAGAGAAAGUUCAGGUACAAACACAUGGAAUAAUGCCACCUUUGGAAACACCUUUACAAUGGCUGUCUGAACAUUUAAGUUAUCCAGAUAAUUUUCUUCAUCUUUGCCUAAACACAUCGUAACGUACAAUCGAUGAAUGUCGAACCAAUAAGUUCAGGAGUGGGAUUCGAAGCAAACGGUUUUUUUAGCGCACGGACAGUUUUAAGACUGGGUUCAAUGGCUUCUGAGUCUUUUUAUUUUUCUACGAUCGUGUCACCCAAUCUCUCCUAUUCCGGUUCUUUAAUACAUAUUUUAUAGGAACCAACCUUUAUAAGUCCCAAGGGCUCCCUUUACGCCGGAUUAGAGGAAUACAAUUGCUAAAUUGCUGCAAUUUAUAUUUUGCAGUCUCACACACUUAUAGUGACAUAUUAUUGAUCACUUUAGGCUAAAACAUUUCUGAAAGACGUUUUAUAAUUUAAAAAUAAUGAGUCAGAAUUAUAUUGUAAAAAUAUAACGCGUCAGAAAGCAUUACUAGUGCGAAUCAAGUAUAUGAGAUUGAACAUGUAACCGCCAUGUUUUAAUUACUUGGUAAUACUCCAUAAUAUGUUGUAUGUAGUUUACAAAAGAACAGUAUAACAUCUACAAUUAUCAAUAAAGCGAUUAAACUACUUUGAAGUUUA